ACUCUAGCUAGUAAGUAUAGCACGUAUAGUAUAUACUCUAUAGCACUAGUAGUAGAGACUUUCUUAGCGCUAUAUAUAUUAGCUAUAUACAUCUUAUACGUGCCUACUAAGCUAAGCUUAAGCGUAGAUUUUUUUACUUUACUUUACUCUACUUCUACUAGAAGCUUAUUUUAUAAAGUAAGUAAUAACUAA